CCAUGGCCUCUAGCUGUUGUUGUGUGGGGUUGGGGGAGCCGCGAGGUACCCGGCAACAGGUUUGGUGACAGAACAGGGUGCAGGAGGAAAACCCGGAGGGGAGCCCACCAGGUUCGGGACUCAAGUGCCCUUUCGGGUUGGAACUUUCUCGACUCGCAGUCCUGGAUGGACCCCAGGCCUUGCACAGCCUCUGGAGGAUUUGUCAGACUAGUCCAUGCAGAGGUAGCCAUGAGAGAGCUAAACAGCCUUGGGACCACGUGGCCUUACCCUCCCACCUGGGCUUCCUGCCCAUGGCUCUGCAGCCCAUAAAAGCUGAGCAUGCAGCAAGACUGUAUGCUGGGUUCAUCUCCCGACUUCUUCCCAGCAAUCCCCCAGGAGCUCGGUGGCCAUGGCAAAGUGGAUUCUGCUCAUUGUGUCUCUCCUGGUCUUGGGUCAUGUGCCACCAGGAAACACUGAAUUCAAACGGUGCUGGAAUGGCCAGGGGGCCUGCCGGACUUUCUGUACAAGGCAAGAGACCUUCAUGCACCUGUGUCCGGAUGCUUCUCUGUGCUGCCUGGCUUACUCUUUAAAGCCGUCGCCUGCCUCAAGGGUUUGAAGUGUGUGGCUUGCUCUAGAGUCGAUGCCAUCGCUCCCUAAUAAAAUUCAUGCCAUGA